CUCGAUACUAAUGCAUAUGGCGGACAAUUAAACAAAGUGAACCAAAACAAAGCUUGAUGGUCGAAUUAUUGUUAGAAAACAACCAGAUGCCAAUGUUUUACGUGAUAUCUUAGAAAGGUCACACAUUCAGGCAUUUUAAGCUCUCUGCGAGAAAUAAGAUGGCAGUUUACAAUACAACAGGUUCGUGCCUAGUCCAUUAAAUGGCGUCAAAUGAUCAGCUGCGUCGUCAGGUCGAGUCACUGCGGCAACGCAACACCUCCCUGCAGCAGGAAAUCCUUGAUAACCACGCCCACCUGUCACGCCUACACGAAAACUCCACCCACCUGGCUCGACUGACAUCAUCGAACUCCGCCCCUUCCAGUAUUUCCGGCCAAUCUGCAAGCAGUAGUCGGUCAGAGCCAACGUCAUGGCAAUCUGCUAACUCUGUUGCAGUGGAAACCAGGCAGAAUGUGGGUCAGGCUUCACCAAAGGUUAACCGUAGCAGUCAGGGUUUGAUGUUGCCUUCUGCGUCCCAAAACUCUGGUGCAAUUUUAAUUACUCAGGCCCAGACACAGCGUAUCAAUCAGGGUGCAAUUGGGACUUCUGCGCAACAAAUUAACUUUAAUCCUGGUGUCAUCCCUACUUCUACAUCACAGGCGAAUCGUAACCAGGUGGCAGUUUCAAAUUCUAUGCAACCGAUUACCCGUAACCAGGUGGUGGUGUCAAAUUCAAUGCCACAAACUACCCUUAACAACAAAGGAAUUGUUUGGGGAUCUUCACCUCAAGUAAAUCGUAACCAGGGCAUGAUUUUAACUUCUGCACCACAGGUUAACAGCAACAACCAUGGUGCUUUUUCUACAUCGACCCCACAGACCAAUCAUAAUCAGGGCGGUGUUUCAACAUCUACUCCACAAAUUAAUCGUAACCAGACAUCACUCUCUAUUUCUGUUCCACAAACUGUUACCCCCAGUGAGUCCCGGAGCCUCAAAAACUCGGUUCCAAAUGUGACUGUGCAAUCCCAGAGUUCAACUUUCGGAUCUAAUAUGCAGGAUGCAGCGUUAUUCCAUCUGUCAAGGCUUCAAGAUUCUCCAAGCUCAAGGUCACAAACUGUAGUUGAACAGCGUAAGCAAGUACAUUCCGACACCUUUGUGAAUAGGUUGCAAGGUCAAAAUGAAAGGUCACGCAAUCAAAGUCAAAAUGAAAGGCAGUCACAAGGUGGUUACUCAGAGAAACUUCAGAAUGCAGAGAGGUCACAUGGUCAAGCCGAAAGGUCAAUGGGUCAGGCACAUGGUGAGAGGUCACAAGGUCAAUACAGUGAGAGGUCGCAGGGUCUAGACAUUUCCCAGAUUGGGGACACCUCUCAAUGCUUUGAUUUCAACAACUUCACUGAUGCUAUGGAAGGCGAGCACAUGGCAGUUUUAGAAGAUGGUUCUGACCUAACAGACAACACACAAAUCGACCUGGUAACCCCUGGAAACCACAGAGGUCAAGGGUCAUGUAACUCCCUGGGGUCAGAUGCAGAAGGGUCACAGGGGUCAUGUACAUCUCAAGGGUCUGGGAUAGCACUGGGGAACGACCAGGAAAUACUGGAGCGUAUUCAGCAACUGGAAAAUGAAAAAUCCAACCUCGUUCAACAGAUUGAGGCUGAGGAACGCAACAGGAAGUGGUAUUACGACCAGAUUGAGGUCAUCAUGCGGAAAAUUAGGUCACUUCCUGUUGGCGAGAGGACGCCAAGCAAGCAGCCAGGCUUGACCCGGAAACACCUAGAGUUUGAGAUACAGAGGUUACAAGACACUAUGACGGAAAGCUUUGGCUCCAAUGAGCAAAUCGCUGCGAGACAUGAGGGUAGGGUUCAAAUAAUUCGACGACUGCAGAAUGAGAUGAUGUCAUUGCAGAAGAAACGACAGGAAAUUUUACAAGAAAAAGACCAAGACGAUGAUGAUGUGGAUAAUGAGGUCAAAGGUCAGCAAACCUCAGAUUCAGUUGACCUUAAUGACAGCAGCAACCUUGACCUAGUUACCAUGGCGACACAGACAGAAAUCGAGCAACAGGACGAGGUGAUGACGUUUACUCAGCACAACAUUCCUGGGGCUAUAUACCAUGGUGCAUGGCAACUAGAUGAAAGCAUCUCAAGGUCAUCCAACUCCGGUCACCGCGGCGAUCUGGCUAGCGUCAUGUCCUUCACCUCAACCAAUACUGCCAGCUCGCGGGGGUCAGUGGCCAAAGGUCAAGUUCAGGGUCAGCAGAUGGGGCCUGUUCCAUUGCAGAUAGCACCACAGCAGCUGGGUACCAAGGUCGAGAUGGUCUAUGGUCUGUUGUCCAUGCUGGGCACACAUGACAAAGACGAUAUGGCCAAGACACUUCUCGCUAUGUCAAGCUCUCCAGAUAGCUGUAUUGUGAUGAGACAGUCAGGUUGUCUUCCCCUGCUUAUUCAACUUCUCCACGGUUCGGACCAGGAUUCAGCCUUGCUCGGAAACACCCGUGGGAGCAAACCUGCGCGGGCCCGGGCCUCGGCUGCGCUUCAUAACAUCGUUCACUCCCACCCGGAUGACAAGCGCGGGCGGCGUGAGGCUCGGGUGCUCCGGCUGCUGGAACAGAUCCGGGGGCAUUGUGAUCAGCUCCGGGAGAGUUCAAGUGAUGAGGAGGAGGACGAAGCCCCGCGACCCCCUGACCCCAUGGAUCACCAUCCUGGGCCGGCCAUAGCGACGCUUAUGAAGCUCUCCUUUGAUGAGGAACAUAGGCAUGCCAUAUGCACCUUAGGUGGUUUGCAUGCCAUAGCUGAACUUCUUCAAGUCGACACCGAGCUAAACCAAGACACCACUGAGCAGUACAACAUCACGAUGCGACGUUACGCGUGCAUGGCGCUCACUAACCUCACAUUCGGAGAUGGAACGAACAAGGCGUUGCUAUGCUCCAUGAAACCAAGCAUGGACUCAUUGGUGGCGCAAUUAUUCAGCUCAAACGAGGAGUUAUGUCAAGUCGCCGCAAGCGUUUUGAGGAAUUUGUCAUGGAAGGCGGAUUUGGCGAGUAAAAAAACGUUGCGUGAGGUUGGGGCGGUAACAUCACUUAUGAAAGCGGCAAUGCGCGUGCAAAAGGAAACAACUCUGAAGAGUAUUCUGAGUGCGUUGUGGAAUUUGUCGGCGCACUGCAGUGAAAAUAAGGCUGACAUAUGCGCCGUGAAGGGUGCGCUGGAGUUUUUGAUAGGAACAUUGACAUUUAAGAGUCCAUCAAAAACGUCUGCGAUUAUUGAAAACGGAGGGGGGAUUUUACGCAAUGUGAGUAGCCAUAUUGCUGUGAGGGAGGAUUACAGGCAAAUUCUGCGCGAGCACGGGUGCAUGCAGAUACUUCUGAAACAUUUGCGGGCAACCAGUCUGACAAUUGUCAGCAAUGCGUGCGGAACCUUGUGGAAUUUGUCUGCACGGUGCGCCGAAGAUCAGCAAGCGUUGUGGGAGAUGGGCGCAGUAGGAAUGUUGCGAAAUCUCGUUCAUUCUAAGCAUAAAAUGAUUUCCAUGGGAAGUAGCGCUGCAUUGAAGAAUUUAUUAGCAGCAAGACCUGCUAUGAAGAACAUUGAACUAAACAAACAUUCAAGCCAAAAUCGACCGUCCUUACAUGUGAGAAAGCAACGUGCGCUGGAAUCAGAACUGGAUCAGAACUUGUCAGAAACGUGCGAAAAUGUUGAGAGUCCCCGUGACAGUCCGGUAGAGGGGAAGAAACAGGAUAGCAGUCAUUUUGUGUACCCGGUUUUCCAAGAUGGUGACCCCAGACGACCUUUAGUCCGGGCUCCCGUUAUGCCUCGCAGCCAGAGUGGUGAUAACGCGCUUUAUGCCAACACUCGCACCGGUCAAGGCGUAGCACGAUCAGGUAGCCAGGAUAGUGUGGGAAGCACGCAUUCCGACAUCUCACAUGAUAGGGCUCGCCAUGUUUCCGGCGGUAACCAAGCGCCGAGGUCGAUGAUGGGCGGGAGUCUCGAUCGUCAUAGAGAUGAAUCCCUUGGUAACCAGAGAGGUCAAACGGAACGAAACCCUUUGGGUUCACCGAAUAGCCGAAUUCUGAAAGUUAUGCAGGAAGUGGCAAUGCAUGCUGGGAUUGAUAGCAAAUCUCAUGGCAAUGACACGACAGUUUUUAAAGUUCCAUUUCCAGUGCAGAAUAUUAAACCAAAGCCACAACAACAACCAUCGUCGUCAUCAAAUACGGCAAUUUCUAGUCAGAAUCACAUUAAUUCAUCAUUAGCCUCAUCAUCGUCGAUACCGUCCUCAUCGCAUCACCCGUACCAAGGACUCAUAAACCACAUGCAGAAUCAAUCUGCAUCAUAUCAACGGUACCACCUCACUACAGCUCCAGCCCACGGCAACCAAAACAACUUCGCUUCCUUAGCAACAGGACAACGUUACCAUUGCGAUGAUGAUUCUGAUGAGCAACCACUUGACUACAGCAUGAAAUACAAGGAGGGUGGUUCUCUAGUUUCACACCACCCCCAGGGGCCACGUUUACCCCACCCUCAACCAGUUCCUCGUCAUGGGGCUCAGUUCAUUGGUAACCAUGGUAAUGCAGGUUUCAGGGGUCGUUUCCCUGGCAAUAUGGCUAUGAAUAUGGCGCGGCCGCCUUUUAUGUAUCAGCAGGACCCAAAUAUGGCUAUCAAUCCACGCAUGCCACGUCCUGGGAACAAGCGUUUCCAAUUCAACAACGCUUACGCUGAGACAGACUUGGACGAAAUGUCGGAGCAGCCUACAGACUAUAGUGCGCGCUAUGGGGUGGAGUAUAACCAUAGCGAGCGGGGGAACUUUCGCUCCCAGUAUGAUGAAACUGAUCCAGACUGCGCAGAUUGUAAAUACGAAGAAGCGCGAAGGUUUAAUGAUCACCUGGACCAAGCCAAUGAAGACGAUCAGAUUCGGACGUUUUGCACAGAGGAUACGCCGCAUCUGAGUACUGCAACUUCGUUAACAGAUCUGAGUACCGCUAUGAAAAUACUCGAGGAGGCGGAAGAGAAUUGUCCGGAAGAUGAUCGUGAUUUAGAGGGAGAUGAAACGCAGAACUAUGGUUCAAAGUAUGGUGAAACGGACAGCAAAGGUCAAGGUCAUCAAAGGUUGCCAGAAUCAGGUCAGGGUCAAAGGUCAGAUGACGAGAUGAAAGGUCAGAGAUUUGACGGUGAAAAGAGCAGCUGGUCGGGCAGCAAUGUAACUGACAUGAGAACGGCAACUACAGUGAUCUCUAAUUACCAUCUCAAAGCAGAUCGUCGCUCGCAGGAGUCUGUUGGUAACCAUUGUGAAGAGCCACCAGAGCGCAGUUUCCAUGCCAAUCGAAGUGAGGACGCGCCGCUUGAUCAGACGAAAACGUAUUGCGAAGAGGGAACGCCUGUCUGCUUCUCUAGAGUAAGCUCCCUUAGCAGUUUACACAGCAGUGAGGCGAAUGACCGAGCCGAAAGAGUGCCCAACGGGCCGUUGACCCGAAUCGACGAGUCUGACGACGUCGGUAAAUUACCGUCGCAGUCGAUGUCUAUGCAUACUUACCGCCAGACGAAAGAUGGCCAUCACAUGGGCGAUACAAGCAGUGAAAAGGAGCACAAAACGGUCACAUUUGAUGACAAGGAACAAGUACAAGAGACCCCGAUGAUGUUUAGCAGGUGCACGUCACUUGGGUCCCUUAGCAGUUUCGAUACUCAGUCAGUCCAUAGCUCGGUCUUUAGCGAGUACAGUCGUAGAGCGAGUGAGGUUGUCUCUCCCAGCGAGCUACCAGACUCGCCCAGCGAAACCAUGCCGCCAAGCCCAAAACGGACAAAAUCACCGGAGCGAAACGCUCGAAGUCGCGUUCAACAGGAGCUAUUUCCGCCUGUGAGCUUGUCUAACGAGCAAUUUCGGGCCAUUGGAAGCUCAAAUGCUCUGAGGAAUUUUUUUAGUGCGGCUGUUAUGGGAGGUCAAAUUAAGCCCAUCGAUUACGAGACGGGUUCCUGUAAAUCCGAAGCUCCCGUGGUUUACGCUGACGAGGGAACGCCGCCGAUUUUCAAUGACAAUCUGAGCGAGCUGAGUUGUAUCACGAGUGAUGCUUAUAACAUUAAUGAUAAGACGUUGGUUGGUAGUCAAGGCGGUAAUAUGACCCCUGGUGCUAAGAGUCACAGUAGCGGUGGAACCGCUGGUAGUCAAGGGCGAUCGGUAGGGUCUGCAAUUUUGAUGAAAGAAAACACCAACACACGGGGCAGGGAAGACUCCAAAUUGGCCGCAAAAAAUGAAAAUGAUCAUCAAAAAUCUGAAUCUGAAACCAAGCAUGCGCUUGGAACAGUAUCACAACAAUCGGAACAUAAACAAACUGCAUGUGAAAGUAACGAAGCUGCAGAAAGAUGGGAAACUAGCGAUAAGGGCUCGUCGGAAUGUAAAGAUAUGGUAUCCGUUUCAGAAACCUCAGUCGCAGCGUCAAGGGUUGAAGAGAAGGCGGAAUCUUCUAAUUCUGAGGUAUCAGAAGGUGAAGACGAUAUCCUGGCCAAUUUCAUUUCCUCCGCCAUGCCCACAAGCACGAAAAAAUCCCGCCGAAGUUCCGAGAGCGCUUCUCGAAGACGGUCCAGUUCCAGCAAGCCUGACAGCGGCUCAAGUUCGCGAUUGAAGACUCCGAAUAGCUCACAGCCGCAGUCUGGUUCCUCAAGCAAAUCUGCCAGUGUGAACAGCUCAGCAAAGAAAUCGAAACCAUCCAAUAACAAUACCAGCACGUCAUCUAAAGAAAACUCACCGGAAAACAAGUCCAGUUCAAAAGAGAACAUGGCUUCGCAAGAGCCACGUUCAUCGCCAGGGAAAUCAAAGUCGCAGAUUCCACGGCCGUUGCAGCAUCGUCAGCUGCAGCAGCUGACAGCAGAGGCGCACGUGUCUCAUCUAGACACCAGUCUAGACUCCAAUUUAGAGGAUGAAUCACCGUUUAACGUCUCAAACACCCAAUCAGUCAUGGCGCGAUCUGCUCAAAAGACCAGACCGUUGGACUCAAAUAUGACUCAGAAGCAGCAGCAUCAACCAAACAGGCCUACCGCCCAACCCAGUCCCCUGAUUCUGCAGAAAGCUCGUCAUCUCUCUAACAUGGAUUACGGUGAUGAUGACGACACAGGCGGAUGCAAGACUUAUGCAACCGAGGACACACCAUUUUCAAGGUCCAUCCAAGCAUCCCCCAAGGCUGGGCGGAAGUUAAACGCUGCUAUUAUGUACCCUGACGUCGGUGCAGACACCGUGAGAUCUUUUGCGACAGAAGAUACGCCCUUCAGUGGUUCUAUGCCAGGUUCCCCGCCACCAGAGGGGCAGCAGGGUAGCUAUGGAAACGAUGUUGAUAUUGAACCGGACACGAUCAAAUGCUACAACACUGAAGACACUCCAUUUAGUGGCUCAGCUUUAGGAUCACCGAAAUUGGAGCGGAAAAUUCAAGCGUUGCCCAACAACAAACCGGCUGUUUCGCAGCCUCAACCACAGAUUGAUACUAAAAACGUUCCAUCUACUUCCGCACAGUCUCAACAUCGUUUUCAUUUUGGUCCUCCGUUAUCUAGUACAAGUCAAGAGCAAAAUAAAGUCCCUGCAAGAAAUGAUAUUUAUGAUAAUCGCAUGGUGAACAACUUUGGCUACCAGUUUGAUGAUGUCGACGAUGUGAAAACGUUUGCAGUUGAAGGAACACCACUGGAUUAUUCAAGAACAGGCUCUUGUAGUGAUCUCUCUUGUCUGAAUUCAAACUUUGAUGACAAGCUAUAUUUGAACCCGGCUGUAUCUACUAGCAAAGGGGCAGUAACUGGCAACGGAAAUGCACCAUUUACCAAUGUCAAAACAUCAAAUAGCAACCAAAAUAGCGCAACCCCGGCGAGUAACCUAUCUUCGGGAAAAUUUCAACAAGGUGCUAACCAGUCAGAAUCGUCUAGCAACAAGGCUACGGUUGCUAACAACCAGACUGUGUUCCAUAGCAAUGCUGUGGUAGAUGACCAGUCGGACAGUAGCUCAUUGGACGAAAACGACGACCUACUUUCUGAGGUCAUAAUGUCCGCCAUGCCCGCCCCUAAGGCAGUGGGGAAAUCAAGAAGGUCCAUUGACCGAAAACCGGAAGGGGCUGAAACAUCUGAGAUGGACAAAAUUCGAGUUUCGAAUAUUUCGAAUCCUUCUCUGAUGUCUAGAAAGCCAAACAUCUCUUCUUAUCCUGCUAAUUUCCAGCCACAACGAACGUCAAGUCUCGCCCAGGACGGUGUCAGUAACUGUAUAUCCGUCAAAAACGGUAUUGGCGUUAGAAACGGUAAUUCGAAUUUCCAGCACGUUGUUUCCGAUCCUGCAGAAUAUCUCGAUCAGGUGAAAACAUAUGCCGUAGAAGAUACUCCCAGUGUGUCGAACAAUACGUCAUUAAGUAACCUUACAAACCAUUCGGGAAUGAACAAAAGCGCGAAGAAAUUCUCACCAAGAUCUCAGCCCAGUGCAUCAGCUCAGAGUUUGAGCAAUAACUCGGUGCUUGGGAGCAGUUACAGUCAACCGGUAUCCUACGGCAUGGGGAAUGAUUUAGUGUUCUUCCAAAACGAGGGUGUUGGUGAUUCCAUGAGAGUAUGGAAGACUGAAGACACUCCAAAGAGUUUCUCCUGCAAUGACUCUCUGAGUUCGCUUGGAAUUGUCGAUGAUGACAGCAAUAACAUUGUUGCGCAGCAAAUGAAAGCUUUGGUGGAUAAAAUGACGUCUAAUACUGGAAAUCAAUCUGCGAACAACCAGUCUAUUGGUGGCAAAGGUGCACUACACGGCAUUGAACAGGGCCUCGAAUCCGGUGUUCUCAAAAGGUCGGAGUUUAUUGAGUCAGAUCUUGAUAAGCAGAGAUCAGCAUCUAGAACGUCUGUGUUUAGUAACAUCUCUCAAAAUUCUGGGAACGAGCUUGUACGUCACGUAAUUGGUCAGUCAAGCGAGGAGCAGUCUAUUCACGAGGAAGAUCACAAAAGCAGCGCUAAUUCUAAGGAACCCGUCGAGGAAGUGAAAAGUUACACGGUCGAAGAUACGCCGAUAUGCUUCUCACGCAGCUCCUCGCUGAGUUCAAUUAACGAUAAGGAUGGCGAUAAACAGCCCGCUAAAAUACCGGAGCCAGACAAACGUACCACUGUCUCCAAUAAGCAAGCGUCGAAAGACGAAAAAGCUGGAUACCAAGUGGAGCACACUCCGAUUUGUUUCUCCCGUAAUAGUUCUCUUAGUUCCCUGAGCGUGCAUUCCGACGAUGAUGACGACGAUGAUCCCGACGACCUUGCGCUUCUGGAGGACUGCAUAAGCUCAGCCAUGCCCCAGAAAACUCGCCAAUCACGCGACCGCCGACCAGAUAGCCGUGGAUCGAAUGCCUCAAACUCCAGCGCUUCUGUCGCAAAAUCGCAACGACAUACAGAACCCCGUUACGAGCAAAGCAUCGCUCACGGUGGCCAUGAUUCUAGACUGUCCUCUUGGCAGGCGCAACCGCUUAAACCCUCGGACGAGAUGUUCCGAAAGCCGACGAUGGACGCAAAAGGUCGCCCAUGUCGAAGGUCGAGGUCACAAGAUAAUGAGAAAUACCUGAAGGACCUCUCAAAUCAGCAGUUGGUGCAGCAGUACGGACGCAACAGUAUUCAUCGCAGUUCCAUCGACUCUAUUCCCGUGAAUCAGUUGCCGAUCAACCAGAACGCUCCAGCAAUUGUUUCAAAGCAGAUAAUCUCCGAGACGAAAAACUUCACGCACCAGAUGAUGCAAAUGACGCGUAGCGCUGAUAAGGGUGACAACCGCGAUAGUGACGCCGUUUCGUCCCCUGCGAGCGAUUAUAACUUCUUUAUGACAUGCAGUGGUAAUACGGAAAUAAGCGUGGAGGGAAUCAGUAAGGAGUCAUUCCCGAGUUAUAUGGCGCCAGAUACCGACGACGAUUUUCUAGAUGGUUCCCUUAUCUCGAGCUACAAGCAGGAUGGUCACCAUUCUGGGCCCGGAUCUAGUCACGAAAGCACGCUCAUUGAGAGGAAUGGUUCCCUGUCGCUUAAUAGCACGUUGACAGAUGGACACCAUAACAACCGACGCAGUGCUGGGAACAAGAAUAACCAUAGACACGGAAUGGAAGUCAGUCUGACGUCCGAAGAUGAGCGUGCUCUUGCUGAGAACGCUAAAAUCGUGGUGUCCGCGAUGAAGAUACAGCAGCAAAUGAUUGUUUCCGGUGCUUCAACUGUGGACGAUGAUAGAUUUGUCGAAAACGAAACUCUGUCGCUGGUUUCCAAUGACUACGCCUCGGAUACGGCAUCGGAGGCAUCAGAUCUCCCCAGUGAGAACUCGAGCGGUCGCGGAGACGGGCGAUCUCAAUCUGGCGGCCGCCCGCGAAUUGUGAAACCUGGUGAUAUCGGGAGUCAGAUAACGCCGAAACAGAUGGAGGACGAAGUGAAGGGAGUACGAGGAAAAAGGAAACCGCUGUAUCAUAACAAGGCGGCAAAUUCUCCCAUGGGGGAUAAAAUUAGAUCCCCGGGCGUCGGCAAGAUGUCACCAAGGUCGGUUCCCGGGUCUGCGGCGACUAACAAUCAUAAUCUUAGCAACCAGCACCAGUCCUCGAAUACCAGUCGCAGUUUCAAUACGAGCGGAGCGCCAGUCAAUACGAGCGGUCGGAGUGCGAACAACAGUAGUCAUGGUUCUAACAUGAGUGGUGGGCGCAGUGGUAACUCAAGUCGAGAAAGUCGGAAGGGUCAUACUCUGCGAACGAUCCCGCAGGCUUCGAGUACGCCGGUUAAAUCCGGAUCUCCGGCUUCGCCAGCUUACAGGAGUCAGUCGGGUUCGUCGGGCGCAAAAACGUCGCCGCAUCAAAGGUCAAGUUCACUUGACCAAAGGUCAAGUUCACUGGAGCAAAGGUCACAGUUGAAGGACGUUAAGAAUAGUUCCGGGCGUAGUGAGUCAGUGAAUAGAAGCAGUGGUGCAAACCGGAGCGCUUCGGCGUCUAGGAAUGGUUCCGGGUUAGCGAAUAUGAGUGAUCAGUCCAAAGGAAAAUCGAACGGAAAGACGAAAAACGAGCUGCAAGAUAUACAAAUCAAAGGCCGAGGGCUGUCGAAACAGGGUACAUUUGUUAAAGAGUCGACCAAUAAGAACGCUCCGGUGAUUUCACCGGGCGAUAAGUCCAGGGACAUAACCGAUAAUGUUGGUGUGAAAAUGAGGCAAAAAAAGCAGAGUGAGUCUUCGCAAACAAAUCGGCAUUCGAGCGGAUCCUCGAAGUCAAAUUUUAGUAACACGUCUAAUAAUAGUAACAGCUUCUCUACGACUUCUAGCGACAGCCCUCCUGAUUCGUGGAGCAAAACGCUUAAUUCGUACAAUCUCCGAACGGAACCAGAGGUCGCGAAGAAAGGCCAAACUCCAUUCGGUUCAAGUGUGCGUAGAAACAUUCUAAACGACGGUCAGGCAAGCAAAAUUCCUAGUCCAAGUCGGUCAGGGGGUAAGAAAUCAACAGCGGCAGUAAGUGGUAAAAGUCCCGGUCAGAUUGUAGUAAAAUCUAGGAGCGGGUCUUCUUUAGGGAAAGCGGAAAUCAAACACGCUGGGUCCAGUAAUAGUUUAAAAUUGCCUGGUUCCCGACCGACUACGCCUGUUGUCAUGGGUAACGCGGUUCUACAGGGAACUAGAAAGGGUUCCGAUAGCAGCUUGGGAAAUAAGGAGGAGAAAAAGGGUACAAGUAAAAAGGGGGUCACGGGUAAGAUCGCGGGCUUGUGGAGAUCUGAGAGUAAAAAGAACAAGACCGAUAAAAAGAACGCUUCAAAGCUCCCCGUUUCCAAAGGCAACAAGAAAUCAAAGAAAGCAUUGUUGGAAGACGUGAAUACCGUUCAAGAGAAGCAAGAUAGUUCUUCCAAACAGAAUGCUAAUAGGAAUACGUACAUACUGACCGAAUCUUCUGUAGACGGAAUUUCCAAGAGUUCUACUUACGAUAAAUUGAGUUCUACAAACGACAUCAGUCAGGUGCCAAAUCAUGACUCAGUGACCGGAAGCCGGUCAGGGACACUCGAAAGAUCGCGUGCAACCGGAAGUACGGCGCGACCGGUGCUGGAGACUGACAAUGACCUGAAUAAAACCUGUAGAGAAGUGACGGCAUUCGAAGUCGGCGUAGAGUAUGAUCUAGAGGAAGCUUGGGCGUCGAAUAUCGAGAAAUCCAUUGCGAGCAUGUCGAGAAGCAUCGAACAGAAUAAGAACAGCAGCGGUGUGGCGGAUCGCUCCACCACUUUUUACGACGAUUUCGUCGACACUAGCCGAAUGGAUCUGACGAAUUCGCCGGCGAAUCGGUUGAGUAAGAGUGGGUCUAUGAGUGAGAUUGAGCUGGAAUUCGGACGUAUCCAUUCUGGGACAUGGACCAAGAAACGAUCGCAGAACGAUGUCGCGCUCUUACCGAACGCGGACGAGACCAGCCGGACGAUGCCUCUAGUGAAGAGAUCGGAGAGUUUGAACCUUACCGCUCAUUUAGGCGUCUCGCAUUUGGAGUAUGACGACGAUGGCCAAGAGGUUUGGAUCAGGCGGGAUGACAGGUUGAGGGCGUCGGAUAUUACGAUGGGGAAGAAAAAGAAAGUAUUUAAAGGAUCGUCUGGUUUCUUGAAUGUCGUGAGUAAAAUGUUUGGUGGGGGGUCGAAGAAAGGGGCGGAGAAACAGAGUAAAUCGUUCCAUGUGUCGGAAAAAGACUUGAAAAAGAUGAAUGAGUCCAACGCGAAAGCGAGUAAGAAGGAGAAGUUGAAUAAGUCCGAAGUGAAGCCUGGAAAAAGCGAAGCGAAGGCGUUGAAGGCUGAGCAGAAAGCUGAAGCAAAGAUGACGAAAAGUUUGCAGAAAGCGCUGAAAAAGGAGGCGAAAUUGAGUAAAAGCGGGAAAGGCAAGAAAAGCGUAGACGUUGAUGAUGUCAGUUCUUCGACGUCGAGUCUGAAGAAGAGUUCGGAAGAUUUGAUCGAGAUCGAUCGAGACGAUGAUGACGUCGAUGAUGACGUUUUUGCUAAGCAGAAGUCAAACGGCACGUUGAAUAGGACUGCCUUUACGCUCUCUACGAAUUCGAGCGCUUCUGUUAGCGAUUCAGUACAAACAAGUCCAAAAACUCCCGAAAUGAAAAAAUCGUUGUCGGUGAUUACGAAUCAGUCGGACGUAAAAAUUUCCAAUAACAACACAAGUCCAGGUUCUACGUCAUUCAUUUCGAAUUCCAGUAGCGGUUCCGGUUCGCCGAAUUGUUCUCAAAAAUCGUCGCCCUGUUUCGCGCAUAUGACGAAAACGGAAAUGCUUAUAGCGAGAAGGCAACGGCAGAUCAGCCAAGAGUCGGAACACGAUGAUAACGUGGACAAGAAAAAAUGUGUGAUUACCACGGUCUAACAGUAUUUAGAAAUUAUCGGGGCAAAUCAGCUCUAAUGAUUUUAUGUAAGUUAAUGCGUAGGCCACAAAAGUUUGUUUUUUUUUUUUUGCCCGUAAAAUUGUCAAUAUUUAGUAGAUUAACGCAUUUUUUGUGGUUGUUUUUUUUGUACACAAGAUAUGAAUAGGCAAACCGUUUAUAUGUAACUAGAAAUAGCUUUAAGAUGUGAAUUGAUGUACAUCGUAGAUAUAUGUAAAUAUGCGUAUAUAUUCUUACAGUUGUGUUGUUAAGAUAUGUUGUGCAAUAAGGACCUUUUCUCUACGCAAGUUUGGGCAUAUGUUUGAAGUGACGUUAUGUUUGAACAUGCAUUUAAUAUGUAAAAUCUCGGCUUAGCUUGCUGGUUCGGCCGUAUUUAGGUGUAAUAGUGAAUGAAAUUUAUGCAAGUUUUGAAUCUGAUCUAGCUUAAUUGCUAAACAAAAGAGUUGUUGCACUUUUCUUUUAAUCCGGGGUGUGUUGUAAUUUUUCAUUGUUAGACUCGCACAUAACAGUAUUUUCCUAUUGUCAACUUAAAUUACAGAAUUGUGUUCGCAAAUGUAAAAUAUUUAUAUACCAAACGCAAAAUUUAAUUAACAUUUUUAUGCUGAAUGUAUUAUUUGUAUGCUAGAAGACCAAAAUGGAAUGAUUAUUUCCAUUAAAAUUUGAAAUAUUGAUGUACAUAUUUAGUCAAAUACGCCAUAAAAUUUUAUGUUUAACGUCAUUGGUUAGUAUUGCGAUGUGUAUGCUUACUAUGUUUCACAGUUUGUCAUAAUAUAGAUUUAAAUAUGCCAAUGCCAUGAAAUGUUGUGAACGUUUUUAUGAGACAUGUGUUAAUAAAUCAUUUGUUUGAAUUUGUGUAAAAAUAUAGGACAGUAAUGUAGAGGAAAUAAACCAAAUUACAGGUUUAAAAUACUGCGUGCAAUACGUAUUAUAGCAUCAUUAAUGAACAAAGCUAUUGAAAUUAUUGCAUUUCCUUUACCGUUCUAGUAAGUUAAUAGAUGUGUAUUAAAGUUCAUAUUUGUAGUUUAAAAUAUGGAUGAAGACCAGUAAAAUAAUAAUUUUAUUUACAUUUUUUGUUUACAUGCUAUCACAACAUUGUCAUAUCUUAGUGGUUUGUAAAUUUUUCUGUGUUCGUAAUAUUAAUAUACAUAAUGUUAAAAAGUUUGAAACAUAAGCAAUUUGUGUCGUAAACAUUUAAGCGUUUAUCGAUAGUAUAUCGACAGUGAAAAUCAGGAAAAUAUGUUUAAUUACACUCAAAAAAUACUUAACUAAAAUAGCGAAGCGGUUCAAGACACAGCUGCCGUGUUUACUAAAUCAAAAUAUAAUAAUGGUAUGCAUAAUUUAAAUCACACAUUUCGAUAGAAAAUGUAUUUGUGUAUUAUUUUCUAAAAAUAAACUGUAGCUAGGCAAGGAGUCUUAUAAACUGAAGUCAGAGUUAUAUGGGCAUUUGACAUAGUUACAUAAAUCAUGUUCAUGUGUUUACUGCGAAAAACCGUCGGUAUGGUCUUUUUAAAAUGAAAACGCAUUGUGUAGUGAUGGUGCAUAUACUUUGGUGUUUAAACAAUUCAUAUACAUUGUACAUAUCAACAUAAAGACGUUGCUUAGGCUAUCACGUUUCAUUUUGUGCCCAUAAUAUGUCACUGCCGAGCCAAAAUGACCUAUCGACAUAUGUAAAAAGUAGGCUGAGAAGUCCUUCUGACUCUUAAGUCACGGAUGAAAGUCAAAAUGCCUUAUCAGUAAAUGUCAUAGCAAUGCUGAUAAGGCCUUCUGGCUGUCAUAUUGUGAAUGAAAGCCAAAUUCCCGUAUCGGCAAAAAGGUGGAUACUUCAUUUUCUCUUUCAAUGGGCGAAUAUUUUUGUUGUGUGUUUGACAUUUUUCUCUGCUUUAUUCUGACAUACAAAGUUCGUUUUGGACUUAUUUGGGGUCAUGUGUGUGACUCAAUAAAACCUGAAAUAUGCUAA